AUGAAGGUACGUAGCCGAAACCCAAUAACUGAAAAUAAGUUCAAGUGGACUGCUGUUGAGCACGUCUUCGAUUUCCUUUUCAUCUGUGUUUGUGUUCUUAUAGCUUCAUCUGGUGGAUGGGCGUUGGAGCUUCCAAGUACUACAGUUUUGUGUGGGAUGUUCAAACGUUCGAAGUUGCGUCUAUUCUGGGAUGGACAUGAGGCCUUCUUUCACUCCAGUCAAUACUCCCCAUGCUACUUGCCGGUCUUUAGGCAGAAGAUAAAAGAUGCAAUUUAG